AUGCAGCGUACGGAAGAGGAGCAUCUCACUCUACCACAGCAGCAGCAGCAGCAGCUGGUUAUUUCUCUGUCUGGAGCGGGUGCUGUGCCUGAUAAAGAAGAAGCGCAAAACGCUGGGAAAUCUGGAGCUGUCUCGGACGUGAAGGCGAGUCAUGAGUGCCGAUUCUGCGGCAAGGAAUUCGGCUCGUUCCGCGCGCUUGGAGGCCACAUGAAUCUGCACAGGAGAGAGCGGAAGGUUGAGGAUUUCCUCCUCCAGUCUCUCCUUUCCCACUUCUUCCCCCCUGGAACAGGCCCUGCUGGCCCUACCGGAACACCUCAUGCAGUUACCACUGCGUGUUCACUCGCUCCUGCUCAUCCUGCCUCCGUUCCUCCUUCCCUCUCGUCAGUCGCUGCUGCUCCAGCGUUGCAGUUUGCUGCCUCUAGUUUUGAGGCGCCUCAAAACGACGCUGCUGCUCCAGCGCUGCAGUUUGCUGCCUUUGGUGAACAACCACCCUCGCCCGUUCCGAGUGUAGCCCCUGUCAAGCCAUUUCCAGUUCCACCUGCUAUUCGCCGACCUAUUUUUAAGCCUGCUGUUUCACCUGGCGUUUCACCUGGAUACAUUCCUGGACGGGUUGUGUCUGCUCCUGCGGUGGUGGCAGUAGAGGAGCAACAGCAGGGGCGAUUGAAACAGCAGCAGGUGGGGUUAAGGGCACAGCAGCAGGUGCUCCAGCAGCAGCAGCAGCAGCAGCAGCAGGAUUACCACCAUCAUCAGCAGCAGCGGGAUGGCGUGGGAGUGAAACCUGUGCUGCCAGUAACUCUGCAUCAGCCCAUCCCUGUCCGUGCUGCUCAUGCUCCUCCUGUGGGCCUGGCGGAGCUUGCAGCGAUGCUGGAGGAUCAGCAGCAGCAGCAGCAGCAGCAGCAGCAGCAGCAGCAGCAGCAGCAGCAGCAGCAGCAGCAGCAGCAGCAGCAGCAGCAGCAGGAGUGGUGGAGUGAGUUGCUGACGUUGGCAGAGCAGCAAGCACAGGCACGCACAGGAAGGGCAGUGGCUGUUCCGAGUGAUUUGACUCUGCCUGGUGUAACCAUGCCUGCUUCAUCUCGCAGUUUCUCCCCUGUUGGCGUUUCAUCUCGUAAUUUCAUGCCUGGUGGCGUCUCAACUGGUGAAUUCAUCCCGUUAUUUCAGCACCGCUCCUUUCCUUCCUUGGCACAACCUCAAUCCGCUUCUGAGGAUGCAUUGCUGCUGCAGCAGGAGGCUGGGACACAUGCGCAGCAGCUAAUUCAAGGGGAAGGAGGAAGAGGGGCUGAUGAGGAGGAGGAGAAAUUUGCACGGAUGGAGCAGCUUCACCAGUUGCUGCUCUUACAGGAUCAGCUUAUGGGGGGACAACUGCGGGGAGACGAGCUACAGUUGAGGAGGCAGAGGUUGGAGGGCUCCCUGGGUGGUGGUAACCGUGAUAAUGUUACGGAGCAGAAAUUUGUGAGGGGAGGUGGAGAGCAGGUGGAGAAUGGUAAGAUGGAGAAUGUUGAGGUGGAGAAUGUUGAGGUGAAAAAUGGUAAGAUGGAGAAUGAUAAGGUGGAGAACAAGAAGGUGGAGAUUCGUAAGGUGGAGAAAGGUAAGGUGAAGAAUGGUAAGGUGAAGAAUGGUAAGGUGAAGAAUGGUAUGGUCUGUCCGUGUGUGCCUGCUGCCACUGAACGUUAA